UUCGUAUUAUAAUCGAUAUGUAAUAAUUCAUGUUUAUAAAUACUCGCAUAAAAAAGAAUUUAUUCUAAGAUUUAUAUUCUAUAAAUAAAUUAACUUUAAUUAAUAAUUAAAUAUUAUUAAAUAUUUUAAAUAAUUUUAUAAUUAAGAAUAAUAUAUUUAUGACAUUAAUAUUAUUAGAAUGAAAUAUAUGUAUUAAUAUAUUACUUGUAGGUUAGAUAACCUCAAUUGCAUAUUUGUAAUAACAUUGUUAAAAUUAUUUAUUACACUUGUUUCUUAAGUGUAAAUAUAAGAUUAAAAUUGUUUAAAUAUUUAGAAAUUAAAUAUUUUAUAAUGGCAGAAGUUAUUUUAAGUUCUGGUGAAAAAACUUUCAUUCUUCAUGGAAUAGAUGCAGACUUUAGAAAUGAUGGUAGGCGACAAUGUGAAUAUCGAUCAAUGGAAAUUGAAACUAAAUUAAUGCCACAAACUCAUGGAUCAGCAAGAUUACGUAUAGGAAAUACAGAUAUACUUGUUGGCAUCAAAGUAGAACUUGAUAUACCUCAUGCUGAUAAACCAAAUGAAGGAAAAUUAGAAUUUUUUGUUGAUUGUUCUGCUACUGCAACUCCAGCAUUUGAAGGAAAAGGUGGUGAUGAUUUAGCAACUGAAAUAAGUAAUAUUUUAACAGCUGCUUAUCAAACACGCAAUGCUUUUGAUUUGAGAACAUUAUGUAUUUUACCUCAUAAAAAAUGUUGGAAAAUAUAUGUUGAUGUCUUGAUUCUUCAGUGUGGUGGUAAUCUUUUUGAUGCAGUAGGAAUUGCAGUCAAAGCUGCAUUAAAUAGUACAGAAAUACCAAAAAUCACAACUGCAACUCUUGAUGGUGGAGAACCAGAUAUUGAAUUAUCAGAUGAUCCUUAUGAUUGCAUUCAAUUAGAUACGAGUAAUUAUCCAAUUAUUGUAACACUAUGUAAAAUUGGUGAUAAUUAUAUUAUAGAUCCAACUUUAGAAGAAGAAGUAUGUAGUGCAAGUAGUAUAAUCAUGUCAGUAUUACCAAAUGGUAAAGUCUCAUCAAUAAUUAAAUUAGGUUAUGGAAGUAUUCAACCUAGCACUUUCAAGAAAAUGUUACAAAUGGGUGAGAAUAUAGGGUUAAAUUUAAAUGAAAGCCUUAUGAAAGCACUGAAAGAGGAAAGUCAACUUGGGCAAAGACAAGUAAUAGGAUUUCUUAGAUAAAUAUAUAUAUAUAUAUAUA